AUGAUGGACGGCAGAGAUACGUUCCUAACGAGAGCUCGUGAUGAACAUUGGGAGUUCAGCUCUUUGAGGAGAGCAAAAUUCUCAACCCUCGCUUUGUGUCACGCACUUCAUGAAUCAGAUGUGAACAAGGACAUGAGCUACACAUGCAACAAGUGCAACAGCUCGAAUGCCAAAUGGCAUUGUACGACUUGUGAUGUGAGUUCGAGUUCGCGCGGACUUUCGAUCUUGUGUGAGACGUGUCGUGAGUCCGUUUCGCAUGAACAUCCAAUGGAACAGAUCAAACCGCUUAUCGGUGCCGAAAGUGGCGAUUCGAGCGGUAACAACCGCUUCGAAAGUAUUCAACGCUGCAUAUUGUCGCUGGUACACGCUUGUCAGUGCAGAGACGCGAAUUGUCGUCGUGUGUCUUGUCAUAAGAUGAAGCGAGCUGUUACAAACACACGAAGAUGUGCAAGAAGAGGUGUGCAAACAGUUGAUCGCCUUGUGCUGUUACCAUGCAAAGCAUUGUUCUCGGGAUUCGUGUUCGGUAAAGGCAGCUCACCACAUCCGACAAGGUACCUUUUCUGUAUGAACAUACGCCAAAAAUUGGCCGAGCAGAAGCGUUCGAUCGCCAGACGUGCGGACAUGAUGAUGCGACGACGUAUCGAUGGUCUACAGGCUGUAGCAGGUGGACCUACUUCGUCCAGCUCUUCAGCUGUUAGCGUUGCCGGCGGAACAUCAGUGCCGACACCACCUCCAGAUAACAAGCCAUUCGCUGGAACUCAUAUGAAAGGAGGUAUUCCUGGCCCAAGCCCAUUAACUCAAGUGCCGACGAUGUCAUCGAUGCCAUCACAUCCACAAGCUGGACAACCUCAACAACAGCAGCGGGGUGGAUUCAUGUCGUCGGGCAUGAUGCCGCCGCAGCAGCAACAACAGCAACAACCACCUGGUGGCAUGUCUCAAAUGGGACAAGGCAUGGGUGGCGGCGGAAUGGGAGGACCAAUGGGACAGCAUCCAGGCGGCCAGCCGAUGCCGCCUGGUGGCCGAGGUGCUGGAGGUCAGCCACCACCGCCAUAUAGGGCACCAACACCGAUGGUCGGCUUCAAUCAACCCUCAAUGAUGCAGCCAGGCAUGUCAAUGCAUCCUGGCAUGGGUCAGAUGAGAAAUCCCAUGGCGCAGGUGGUGAAUCGAUUCAAGAUGGCGAAGACAGACGAGGAAAAACAGUCGGCAUUCCAAGAACUGAAAAAGACGCCGCAUCUGUUCGCCGCAUUCAUCAAGAUGAAGCCUAACAGCGAGAUGGUAGGAGGCAGCUGGCAAUCAAGCGUGGGACUUGGUGGCCCACAGCCCGGCUAUUAUGGCGGCCCUCCUCCUCAAGGAGGUGUCCGAGCAUCUGGUAAUCAGUUCGCUCCGAUGGGACCUGGUGGAUGGCAACAACAACAGCAAUUCCAUCAACAACGGCAACAGCAGGGUCAAUCACCGGCGAUUUCCGGUCAACAUUUCGGUGUUGGUCAGGGCCGAUCACCAUCAAUGGGUAUGGGUUCGUCACCGAUGUUGCCACCGCAACAAACCGGCCAACCGGAUCAGUCAGGGCAAUUCCGGUGA